UCUAUACGCGCAUUAGUUACGUCCUUCGCACUCACGAAUUGCGUUCUAUUGUUUAUUGUCAUAAAUUACAUAGGAAUACGUAUUCCUUAUUAUUUUGUUUUCUUUUGUCAUCCACACAUCAGACCAUUCAAUCAUGUCGAAACUAACCAUCGUCUUGUCAAUGGCCGCGUUGUGCUCUCUGUCCACAGCGGCUCCAGACUUCUACAGCGAUAAGGAGAACGUGCUGCAAGCCGAGGGAUUCGGAAACGAAGAAAUUAAAGAAUCCAAUUUGAUUACAAAAUGUUAUGACGAGGAAACUAAAUUAGCCUACAAGGUAGACUCCAUUUGGUAUCCAGUGGGAAGAUGUGAAAAACGAAUUUGUUCGAGGCAAAAGGACUCAAAGACCCCAACAAUCAAAACUAUGGAAUGUGAACCGUGUACUUCAUGUAAAUUGCCUAAUCAUACAUGCCAACCAUUCCGUUCUGAUAAAAAUUAUCCUAAGUGUUGUUCACAGUGUUUAACAAAGUCUACUGUACUUUUGAAACCAGAAUCAAAGAAAAAAUACCAAAACAUUUAAAUA